AUGAAUAAAGGUGGAGCCUUCAGUACAAUUUAUUCAGCAAUUUGGAUGGAAGGUCCUCGUUGGAUUUGGGAUGAAGAGGCCGAGGAAUAUACAAGAAAUGGACCGAUAAAUGUUACUCUUAAAAGGCUACAAAAUAUGAGUGGAGAAUAUCUAAAUCACUUUUAUAAUUAUCAAAAGUGUUUACAGUGUGGAAGUUUUGCAAAUUUUUUCGGAAUAACAAAAGAUCCCACUUCAAACUACUUGUUAAUUAUGAGAUAUUAUGACGAUGAGGACUUAUAUUCAUACCUUGAUAAAGUACAAGGAAUACUUUGUUGGAAGAAUAUAGUUGUUUUGCUUUGGGAAAUAUCUGGAAGAAUCGAAUAUAUUCAUGAAAAUGAAUUUAUUCACGGAAACCUUCAUGGGGGUAACCUAAUAGUUGAAAGUGAACAAAAUUCUGUUGAUGUACGUGUUGCUGAUGUAGAAUUACAUGGUCCAGCUAAUAAUAAAAAUUCAAAUGAAAUAUAUGGAGUUCUUCCUUAUAUAGAUCCUGAAAUAUUAAAGGGAAAUCUACCAACAAAAGCUUCAGAUAUUUACAGCUUUGGAAUUAUCAUGUGGACACUUUCAGGAGGCAUUCGACCAUGGUAUAAUAGAUCACACGAUAUUCAACUAGCUACUGAAAUCUGCUCUGGCCUUCGACCUGAAAGUAUUGAUGGAACUCCAGAAGUUUAUAUUCAAACAAUGACUCAAUGCUGGAACUCCGAUCCUUCAAAACGUCCAGUUGCAUCUCAAUUAUAUGAAUUGAUUGGAAGUUGGGUAUCUGCUAUUUGCGACGAUCCUAUUCCAUCAGAAUUAUCUGAUCAAUUUGAUCUUGCUGAAGAGAAAAAAUUUUCAAACUUGGAAAAAAAUAAAUAUCGUCAAGAAAUUCAUAGCCAAGCUUUUUAUACAAACAAACCUUUGUAUUUUCCUGAAUUAAUUUAUAAGUUUAAUACUACUAAUGGAAAUAUCUAA